CUCCUGCUCGGUGGGACGGCGGCGCGUGCGGCUGCUCCGCUUUCCCCGCUCCGCGCGCCGACCUGGGCGCCCGCCGCCAGCAUGGACACUCGCCGCGGGCCGCAAAAGGAUGGCAGAGUAAAGAAGAACUUCAAGAAAUUCAGAUAUGUGAAGUUGAUUUCCAUGGAAACCCCGUCAUCCUCUGAUGACAGUUGUGACAGCUUUGCUUCUGAUAAUUUUGCAAACACGAAACCUAAAUUCAGGUCAGAUAUCAGUGAAGAACUGGCAAAUGUUUUUUAUGAGGACUCUGAUAAUGAAUCUUUCUGCGGCUUUUCAGAAAGUGAGGUGCAAGAUGUGUUAGACCAUUGUGGAUUUUUACAGAAACCAAGGCCAGAUGUCACUAACGAGCUGGCCAGUAUUUUUCAUGCCGACUCUGACGAUGAAUCAUUUUGCGGUUUCUCAGAGAGUGAGAUACAAGAUGGAAUGAGACUGCAGUCAGUGCAGUCAGACCGUGCAGGCUGUAGGACCCGCAGUCAGUGCAGAAGUGCCGGACCUCUCCGAGUGGCGAUGAAAUUUCCAACUCGAAACACCAGGGGAGCAGCCAACAAAAGAGCAGCGCCCCCUGAACCCUCGGAGAAUUCUGUGACCGAUUCCAGUUCUGAUUCAGAAGAUGAAAAUGGCAUGAAUUUUUUGGAGAAAAGAGCUUUAAACAUAAAGCAAAACAAAGCAAUGCUUGCAAAACUUAUGUCAGAAUUAGAAGGCUUCCCUGGCUCAUUCCCUGGAAGGCGUUCCCUACCAGGCCCCAGUUCACAAUCAAAGACACCCCGAAGGCGUACAUUCCCAGGUGUUGCUUCCAGAAGAAACCCUGAGCGGAGAGCUCGUCCUCUUACCAGGUCAAGGUCCCAGAUUCUUGGGUCCCAUAGUGCUCUACCCACAGAGGAGGAGGAGGAGGAGGAAGAGGAGGAGGAUAAGUUCAUGUUGGUGAGGAAGAGGAAGGCCAUGGAUGGCUACGUGAACGGAGAUGACAUGCCCCGAGGUCGUCGCCCCGGAUCCAUGACCCUUCCACAUGUAAUUCGCCCAGUGGAAGAAAUCACAGAGGAGGAUUUGGAGAACAUCUGCAACAACUCUCGAGAGAAGAUAUACAACCGUUCAUUGGGAUCUACUUGUCAUCAGUGCCGCCAGAAAACUAUUGAUACCAAAACAAACUGCAGAAACCCAGAGUGCUGGGGCGUUCGAGGUCAGUUCUGCGGUCCCUGCCUUCGAAACCGUUACGGUGAAGAGGUCAAGGAUGCUCUGCUCGAUCCAAACUGGCAUUGCCCACCUUGUCGUGGAAUCUGCAACUGCAGUUUCUGUCGGCAGCGAGAUGGGCGGUGUGCGACCGGGGUCCUUGUGUAUUUAGCCAAAUACCAUGGCUUUGGGAAUGUGCAUGCUUACUUGAAAAGUCUGAAACAGGAAUUUGAAAUGCAAGCAUAAUAUCUGGAAGAUCCGCUACCUGCCUUCCACUGCGCAAAUCUUCCUUGUUGAAGUUUUCAGUUUCGUCAUGUGAUGGAAACCCAAGUGGGGAAUUUUGAUGGUCGGUCUGUUUUAUGGGAAACUCAAAUCCAGUUAAUCUCAUUAGACGUGCUAGUGUUUCUGAGCAGCAUGGAGGUAUAUUGCUAGCUCUACUUUGCCCUUCUGCAAUUUCUCCUUCGCUUUCCCCCACCUGCCACAUGCCGCCCCUCGCCACAUACCACCCACCUCUAUUUCCAGUGGUUCUCGCCCACCAUUUCGUUUCUGGAGUCUUAAAUGAAAAUUUUAUGAAAACAUGUUUGAUUUAAUUGGUGUUGAAAUAGCCCUGGAAUCUACCCAUAAAACCAAGCACUUAGAAACCCAGUAGUGGUGUUAACUAACUACAUCUAUUGAAUUCCAGACAACAGCCCUAACUAGUUUACACGAAAACAAGUAUGAUUUAGUGUUAGUACUAGUUGACAUUUUUUAACAGAAGGCACAAAAGUCUUAAAACCAUGUGGAAAAAUUAGGUAACUGUUGGAAAGUGGAGUAUAUUACUUUAGAUGCCUCUCAUGAGAAUAUUCCAUGUUUUAUGCUUAUUAUAUGAGUUGUCACAGUUGAGACUUAGUUGCUGCUGUUUCUUCCACCGUGAAAUUAUACGUUGCAUCUUGUCACACAGUCAUGACCCAAAGGGUUGUGGGCAAUGCUGGACUUGAAAUCACUGUAGAAAAGACAUCCUGGGGAAGUAGGAUGGUGAGGCUUUAGGAAAGGCUGAUUUGAGUUCAUGGUAUAAAACCUCAGUAUAAUUGUAGUUUGCCAAGUUUAUUUCAGUUCAUAAUGUGAAGUAUUUCAAAUAAGUUCUUGAUCACUUUGCAUGGAAAAUUGAUAUUAAUACUAGUCUACAAUUCUUUGCAGUUUUUGCUUUCUCAAAGAAAUUAUAAGCUAGGCGCAGAGUUCAUGUUCAGGUUUUAAGCACUUUUAGAAUAAUGAGAAGUGCCUUUUUGGAGAUGGGUGACUUUCAGCAGUUUGUUAACUUGACAUCGCUGCCUGUUGAGUUUCUGGGCAGAUUUCGUGUGUCAUCCCCCCUUCCCCCUUUUUUGCAUUAAUCAAUCGUUUGGUAGAGGUGGACUCUUUAAGUGUCUGUAUGUGUACUUUGCAUGGGCACCCCAUUGGCUGUGCCUUUUCUGUGUUUGAUGCAUAAUUGGACCUUGAAUCAAUAAAUGUAAAUAGAGCUUUUGAUCUGUAAUGCUUUUAUACAAAGUUUUUUAUUUUAAUAAUAAAACAUUUGUUUUAGCUUG